UCGUGUUUCCUGGGGGAGGGGCGUACCUGACCCUCCCACCUUGAAGCCCAGCGAAGGUGAACGGACGCAAGAAGAAGCUCGACAUGUCAGACUCCUCCGGACGACGCAUUCACUUUCUUUUCGACAAACAGCAGCUUUCGUGUAGAGUAACACCACUGUGAGGGACAGACAGGAAGAGCUACGGAAACCCAAGAGGUACAGAAGCUGAAGACUCUGAUUUUUCAGCCGUGUAAAAGCAGAACAUGCUGAAGAGUGUUUCCCUUUAAUCACAGGAGGAGGAAUAACCUCAGGGGGUGUGUGUUCAGCCUGCUGACAUCGGGACAGGGUUAAACCUUACACGUCAUGUCCUCUCCAGAGAUCGCCUCUCUCUCCUGGGGUCACAUGAAGGUGAAGGGAUGCUCCUCCAACUACAAGGACUGUAAGGUGUGGCCUGGAGGCAGCCGGGCCUGGGACUGGAGGGAGACCGGGACGGACCACCGCCCAGGAGUCCAACCUGCAGACCUGGAGGAGGUGCUGAAGAAGGGGGUGGAGCUGCUGGUCAUCGGCCGAGGCAUGAGUGAAGCUCUGCAGGUUCCUUCUGCCACUCUGGACUUUGUGAAGCAGAAAGGUGUGGACGUCAGAGUCCUGCAGACGGAGAAGGCUGUCGCCGAGUACAACAAACUGGUUGGCCAGGGUGCAAAGGUGGGCGGGGUCUUCCACUCCACCUGUUGAUGAGGUUACUGCACCUGGAGAUGCAUCUGUCUUUCUUCUGCCAAAUGCACAGCUGAUUAGCACCGGCGUGAUUAGAGAGCGUUGUUGUAGAGUGAGCUUGAUCUGAGCGUCCUAAUGAACGAGGGAAGCCGAGGUUUUGAGAGCUGAGCUUGUUGAAGAGCAUCAGCAGCUUCUGUAAGUUAAUAGAUAUCUAUCCAAGUCUUUAAAUCAGUGAGGAGAUCAAAUCUGUCCUCUUAUGCUUUUGUUAAAAUAAGGAGAAAAUCUAUGUCCUAAAACCAAACCUCAAAGGUUAUCGCUGCAGGACAGGUCACACUGAAGAUGCCUUCAGGUACCGUCACUUUAAAUUUGAGGGAUUUGGGAGUUUGAUGACCCUUUAAGAGAUUACAUGUUGAUGAAUGUACCGUGUGUUUGUCGUGAAUGCAGCGUGUGUUUCUGCUUCUGUUUCAUAAAAUAAAAUCAGAGAGUGAUUCUUAA